AUGUACAAUAGCCACACCGACAUCUGGUUUGCCGGCGCAUUUGCCGCAGUAACAGUAGACUUCAUCGUCUACCCAUUCGACACUCUCAAAACGCGCAUUCAAUCCCCGAACUACGAUACAGUCUUCAAGGACGCGCGUACAGGCGCGAUCCGGCGCAAUGUUCUGUUCAAAGGCCUAUACCAAGGCAUAUGGAGCGUGGUAUUUUCCACAAUCCCCUCAUCAGGAGCCUUCUUCACAACCUACGAAGCCGUGAAAUGCACACUUCACGACUCAUCCACGCACUCAAGGGCCAAUCCCUCUAGUCCAGAAUACUACUCCCAAGGCUCGAGAAUAGCUCUACCCCUCCCUUUCACUCACUCCCUCCCAACCCCAAUCAUUCACGGCAUUGCUUCCUCGGCCGCAGAAAUGGUCUCCUGCCUACUACUUACACCCGCCGAAGUCAUAAAACAAAAUGCCCAAAUGAUCGAUUCAGAGAAAGGCUCCGUGACUCCGGUGCGCCAGGUCCUCUGGAAAUUCAAAGGUCGGCCCUGGCGGCUUUGGAGCGGGUACACGGCGCUCGUCGGGAGGAAUCUGCCCAUGACGGGGAUGCAGUUUCCGCUUUUUGAGUAUCUGAGGACGAGGAUUUUGGCAUGGAGGCGGGAGAGAGGGAUUGGGAAGGGGGGUAAGGUUAGGGAGCAGUUGGUCGAGAGGGCGGGUGUGACGGGGCUUAGUGCGGGCCUGGCGGGGACAGUGGCUUCUUUUGUGACGACGCCUAUUGAUGUUGUGAAGACGAGGGUGAUGCUUUCUGCUAGUGCAGACGGUGAUGGAGAUGGGAAGGGCAAGGGAAAGGGCAAAGCGAAGGGGGCUUUGACUGUUGGGAGGGAGAUUUAUAGGAAGGACGGGGUUAGGGGUUUGUUCAGAGGGGGUGCUAUCAGGGCUGGGUGGACGGCUGUUGCGGUCAGUCUGUAUUUGAGUAUGUAUGAGAGUGGGAGGUUCUUCUUGGAGGAGAGAAGGAAGGGGAUGGAGGGUAUUGACGGAGUUGCAGACGGAGAUGCGGUUAUGUAG